AUGAAACCAAUUACCAGCUUACUAUGUGGACUGGGCCUGUCCACCACUCUCGCCACGGCCAUCUCGUUGCAAAGACCGCUGGGCCUAGAUAAGGACAUCUUGCUGCAGACGGCAGAGAAAUUUGGCCUGGACUUGGACCUGGACCAUCUGUUGAAGGAGUUGGACUCCAACGUACUGGACGCAUGGGCUCAGAUAAACGACCUGUACCCAAACCAGGUUAUGAGUCUUCAAACUUCGACAAAGCCGAAGUUCCCUGAGGCCAUCAAGACCAGGAAGGACUGGGACUUCGUGGUCAAGAACGACGCUAUCGAAAACUACCAGCUGCGUGUCAACAAGAUCAAGGACCCUAAAAUCCUCGGUAUCGACCCUAACGUCACACAGUACACCGGCUACUUGGACGUGGAGGACGAAGACAAGCAUUUUUUCUUCUGGACGUUCGAGAGUAGAAACGACCCUGCGAAGGACCCGGUCAUCCUCUGGUUGAACGGUGGGCCAGGCUGCUCCUCGUUGACCGGAUUGUUCUUUGAAUUGGGGCCCUCGUCCAUCGGUCCCGAUUUGAAACCGAUCGGAAACCCGUACUCGUGGAACAGUAACGCCACCGUGAUCUUCCUUGACCAACCCGUCAACGUUGGGUUCUCCUAUUCCGGGACCUCCGGUGUCUCGAACACCGUCGCCGCCGGCAAGGACGUCUACAAUUUCCUGGAACUGUUCUUCGAUCAGUUCCCCGAAUACGUCAACAACGGCCAGGAUUUCCACAUUGCUGGAGAGUCCUACGCUGGCCAUUACAUCCCCGUUUUUGCCUCCGAGAUCUUGUCGCACAAGGACAGGAGUUUCAACUUGACCUCCGUCCUCAUCGGCAAUGGUCUCACCGACCCGUUGACCCAGUACAACUACUACGAGCCAAUGGCGUGCGGCGAAGGCGGUGAACCUUCCGUUUUACCCUCCGAAGAAUGUUCCGCUAUGGAGGACUCUCUGGAACGUUGUCUGGGGCUGAUCGAGUCGUGUUACAAUUCCCAAUCCGUCUGGUCCUGUGUUCCCGCCACUAUCUAUUGUAACAACGCCCAGUUGGCUCCUUACCAGCGCACCGGUAGAAACGUCUACGACAUCAGAAAGGAUUGUGAAGGCGGCAGUCUGUGCUACCCAGCCUUACAAGAUAUCGACGACUACCUGAACCAGGACUACGUCAAGGAGGCCGUCGGCGCAGAGGUCGACCACUACGAGUCCUGCAAUUUCGACAUCAACAGAAACUUCUUGUUCGCAGGUGACUGGAUGAAGCCUUACCACACAGCCGUCACGAAUCUUUUGAACCAAGACCUGCCUAUCCUGGUCUACGCAGGUGACAAGGACUUCAUCUGCAACUGGUUGGGUAACAAGGCAUGGACCGACGUCCUGCCAUGGAAGUUCGAUGAAGAAUUUGCCAGCCAAAAAGUACGUAAUUGGACCGCCUCCAUCACCGACGAGGUCGCUGGCGAAGUCAAGUCCUACAAGCAUUUCACCUACCUGAGAGUCUUCAACGGUGGUCACAUGGUUCCAUUUGACGUCCCUGAAAAUUCCCUAAGUAUGGUCAACGAAUGGAUCCACGGCGACUUCUCCUUGUAA